CCCAUUAGUCCUACCCUAACUCUCUUCUCCUUUCAUUCACUUGCUUUCGUCUGAAGCUCUCCUCUGUUCUCUAAAGCACCAUAACUACUUACCACGCCGGCUCUGUUAUCCACCAGCUUUCUUUUUUGGUCAUAGUCGACUGAGCUUUUUUCACAAUCACAGGUUCGACCUACCCGGCAUCAAGAGGAUUUUUCCAAGUCAAAGGAAUUUCUGUUCGUUUUUGUUCCUCUGAUUUUAUUAUUCCUGUAAAGAUGGUUGAUUUCCUUUUCGACGAUUUUUUUUCGGUUGAGGGAAUAAACCCAAAUGGUGAAAAGUUUGAUAAAGUUACUAGAAUCGUUGCACAAAGUGAGAAGCAUGGCAUGUUGUUGCACCUUGAUGUAAAUACAGAGAUAUAUCCUAUGCAAAAAGGAGAUAGGUUCUUGAUGGUUCUGUCUCCCACCCUUAAUUGGAAUGGAGCACCUGUUAGUAGCUUGGAGAAUCAGACUGAGCGGAAAUCUCUCGCUGACAAAUUUGAAUACAUUAUGCAUGGAUUGCUCUAUAAACUGGCAGAAGAAGGCUCAGGUUCAGAGUUAAAAGUGGGGAUAUAUGUUUCUUAUGGUGGGCUUCAGAUGGUGCUGAAAGGGGAUCCUGCCUGUUGUACUAAGUUUAGGCAUGAUCAGAAUUUAUUUUUGCUUAUUAGAAAGGUUCCAAAUGAUCUUGUUGCUAAGUAAGAGUUGAUGAUGAUAGAAACAAGUUCUCUAAUCAUAUUAUGUAAUGUACAUCUACACAGAAUUCCUAAAGUUUCAAGGGGAAUUAUAUUUUAACAUCCCAAAAUGUUAGAAAGGCACCCUAUUUGUUAUUGGGUUAUUGGGCAAAA